AUGACUUCUCGCCAAGAAAAGACGGAGAUUGUGGAGACAAACGAACAUGUCCCUGUUGACCUGAACUCUGACUCUGCCGCUCAACUUGGUCAUCUUGCCAACGCCGAAGAUCACGAGACUGGCAAGCUUGCUUCCUUCAAGAAGUAUCCUUGGGCGUGUCUUUGGUCUCUGUAUGCGGUCUGGCUCGUCUUGCUCGUCUCUUUUGAAAAUCAAGCCGCCGGUGUUGUCAUCAGUAUCCCUGAAUUCCGAAAGGAUUUCGGACAUCCUCUCCCAGAUGGCUCGGGUUAUGUGAUUGAGGCGAAUUGGCAGAGUGCCUUCCAAGGUGCUCCCGUUGCUUCCGCUAUCGUUGGUGCUCUUGGUUGCGGUCAGCUCGCAGAUUGGAUCGGUCGCCGCAUGGUUGUUUUGGGCUGCCUGGUUGUAUCAUUUGCUGCGAUCACUAUGGAAUUCGUCUCUACCUCCAAUGAGCUCUUCUUUGGCGGCAAGUUCCUUAACGGAUUUGCAACCGGUGCCCUUGCAUCUCUCACCGUCACCUACAUUGGAGAAAUUGCUCCGUUAGCCCUUCGAGGUCUGUUGACCUGCUUGUCUGCUUUGGCAUACACUUUUGGCCCCCUAACAGUCGCUCUCAUUAUCAACUCCAUCGGAACGUAUCCUAACCGAUGGGCAUACCGAUCCGUGUUCUGCGCUCAGUACGGUUUUGCUGCCAUCGCCGCCCUCAUCUGGCCCUUCAUGCCUGAAUCGCCAUGGUGGUUGGCCUCCAAGGAGCGACACGACGAUGCUCUCAAGGCCUUGAACAAGCUUGGACACAAGGGCGCUGAAGGCCAGAAGAAACUUGCUCUCAUCAACGUGACACUCCAGGAAGUGCGAAAGGAGACGGAGGACACAACAUAUCUCGAAUGCUUCCGCAAGUCCAACCUCCGCCGUACCAUUAUUUCUAUCGCCCCGCUCUCGAUCCAGGCCCUUUCUGGUAUUGCAUUCGCCGCCUCUUACUCGACCUACUACAUGCAGCUCGCUGGAUUCUCGACCGAGAUGAGCUUCAAGCUCCAGAUCGUGCAGCAAGUUAUCUCCCUGCUCGGAAACGUCAUGUCCUGGUAUCUUGUCGAUCGCGUCGGACGACGAAACCUAACCUUCUACGGCCUCCUCAUCCUUACCGUCAUCCUCUUCCUCAUGGCCGGCCUCGCAACCCUCGAGACCGUCGGCGGCAACAAGGGCGCCGUGUCCAUGAUCCUCCUCUACUGCUGGUGGUACAAUGUGACAAUCGGCGCGACCGCCUACACGAUCCUGUGCGAGGUCUCCACGUCGAGGCUGCGCGUCAAGACCAUCUCGAUCGGUAUCGCCUGCCAGAGCAUGCUCAACAUGAUGUGGUCCUUCGUCCUCCCCUACCUGUUCAACCCCGACAAGCUCAACCUCGGCGGUCGCCUCGGCUUCAUCUUCGGCGGUUUGGCCGUCAUCUGCUUGGUCUACCUUUGGUUCUACCAGCCCGAGACCGCAGGACGCUCUUUCGAGGAGUUGGAUGAGAUGUUCAUCAAGCGCGUCCCUGCCAGGAAGUUCAAGGGAUACCGAACGGACGCCCAGGCUAUGGGCGAGGCCGUCAAGGAGAAGGAGGGCACUUUCUAA